AUGACACCUGCAGAGUACCAACACCCUAUUAAUAUCACACCUGCAGAAUACCAACACCCUAUUAAUAUGACACCUGCAGAGUACCAACACCCUAUUAAUAUGACACCUGCAGAAUACCAACACCCUAUUAAUAUGACACCUGCAAAAUACCAACACGACAUAAAUAUGGCACCUGCAGAAUACCAACACCCUAUUAAUAUGACAACUGCAGAAUACCAACACCCUAUUAAUAUGACACCUGCAGAGUACCAACACCCUAUUAAUAUCACACCUGCAGAAUACCAACACCCUAUUAAUAUGGGACCUGCAGAAUACCAACACCCUAUUAAUAUGACACCUGCAAAAUACCAACACCCUAUUAAUAUGACACCUGCAAAAUACCAACACCCUAUUAAUAUGGCACCUGCAGAGUACCAACACCCUAUUAAUAUGGCACCAGCAGAAUACCAACACCCUAUUUAUAUGACACCUGCAAAAUACCAACACCCUAUUAAUAUGACACCUGCAGAAUACCAACACCCUAUUAAUAUGACACCUGCAGAAUACCAACACCCUAUUAAUAUGACACCUGCAGAGUACCAACACCCUAUUAAUAUGACACCUGCAAAAUACCAACACCCUAUUAAUAUGGCACCUGCAGAAUACCAACACCCUAUUAAUAUGGGACCUGCAGAAUACCAACACCCUAUUAAUAUGAUACCUGCAAAAUACCAACACCCUAUAAAUAUGACACCUGCAAAAUACCAACACCCUAUAAAUAUGGCACCUGCAGAAUACCAACACCCUAUAAAUAUGGCACCUGCAGAAUACCAACACCCUAUUAAUAUGGCACCUGCAGAAUACCAACACCCUAUUAAUAUGGGACCUGCAGAAUACCAACACCCUAUUAAUAUCACACCUGCAAAAUACCAACACGCCAUAAAUAUGGCACCUGCAGAAUACCAACACCCUAUUAAUAUGACACCUGCAAAAUACCAACACCCUAUUAAUAUGACACCUGCAAAAUACCAACACCCUAUUAAUAUGGCAUUUGCACCUUUCUACCCUGGAACCUGCAAAGCACCAUAG